GGUUGAGGACAGGACCAUUUCCCUGAGAGUGGACGUUGUAAUGCAACAGAAGCGAUCGAUUGAUUUUGAAUGUGCCCGAGGACUACUUUGUAAUAGGAAGACCCAAAAAUCAUGAGUGGUUUCGCGGCCCUGAUCGCUUUUCUGACUUGCUUGGCGCUGUCAGAGGCCCAGCAUGAAGCCGGGUCCUGUGUUUUCUAUGAGGAGUGUGGCAAGAACCCUACACUGGAGGGCUCCCUCAUCACCCCUAUUGUCCCCUGUUUUAAUUACAGUCGAGCCCGUAUUCUAACAGGAGAGCAUUACAAGAAACUCAAAGAGGUGUGUCCAAUGUUGGACAACGGCGAGGGCAACACAUUUGCCUGUUGCUCCAUCAAGCAGCUGUCAUCCCUGGAAAGGAGUUUAACUCUGUCCAAGGCUCUGCUGGUGCGCUGCCCUUCUUGCGCUGACAACUUUGCCCACCUGCACUGCAUCAACACCUGCAGUCCAAACCAGAGUCAGUCGGUCAAAGUCACAAAGGUCAUGAACGUCACGGUCCUGAACAGGACCAGAGAGGCCGUGGUGGCCUACCAGGCGUACCUCUCGACCACCUUUGCAGAUGCCGCAUUCCAGUCAUGUCAAAAUGUCAGAAUACCAGCCACAGGAGGCUUCGCCAUCGGCACCAUGUGCGGCCGUUACGGCGCCAAGUUGUGCACCCCCCAGCGCUGGUACGACUUUCAGGGAGAUACGAGCAAUGGCCUGGCUCCGCUGGAUAUCGACUUCCAACUCAUUAAGCCGGGUGAAACAGAGGGAGUACCUGAGGGUGUGGUUCCUUACAGCGGAAGAGCCUUGAGGUGUAACCAGCUCACGUCCUCUGGAGGUCAGGUCUGCUCCUGUCAGGACUGCAAAGAGUCGUGCCCAAACGUUCCACCACCCCCACUUCUCGCGGGACCCUUCAGGCUUUUGGGCACGGACGGCUUCCUGGUCAUUUCUAUCAUCUCAUUCUGCCUCCUGAUAUUCGCCUUCCUCUUUUUCCUGUUCGUCUCCUGUUUUGUGAAGUCACAGAAUAAGCAGGUUGAACAGAGUGGAAAGAGAAAGAGGAAGAACCGAGACCAGAACAGUAACGAUGUGCCUGAGCGGGUCAUUUGUCCUUCAGAGGUGACUUGCGCCGACAGGAACAGUAUGGCUGCUCAAGCCUUCCUGAGCUCAGUGUUUCAGUCAUGGGGAACUUUCAUGGCCACUUAUCCACUCACGGUUCUCCUGGUGUCAGCCAUCAUUGUCACCGCGUUCUCCGCCGGCCUCAUGUCCCUUGAACUCACCACUGACCCGGUGGAGCUGUGGUCAGCGUCCAACAGCCGAGCCCGCCAGGAGAAGGAUUUCCAUGAUAAACACUUCGGUCCGUUCUUCAGGACCAACCAGCUUAUCUUGACAGCACCAGGCAGAAAAGGGCACAUUUAUGACUCCUUGCUCUUUGGUUCGCAAAACUUUAGCGGCCUUGUAUCUAAAGAUCUCGUCAUUGAAUUGCUGCAGCUCCAAAAAAGAAUACAAAACAUUAAGUUCUGGUCAGAGGAUCUGAACCGCACAGCAAGUCUGGAGGACGUAUGCUUCGCACCGCUCAACCCUAACAACCCGGCCCAGUUUGACUGUGCAGUCAACAGCCUGCCGCAAUACUUCCAGAACAGCCUUGAUAACAUCAACGCCAAGGUGAACAUGACUGAGCUGGGGGUGACCAAAGAGGUGGACUGGAGGGACCACCUUAUCUACUGCCUCAACUCACCUUUGUCUUUCAAAGACAUCACCGAUUUAGGAAUGAGCUGCAUGGCCGACUAUGGAGCUCCAGUCUUUCCCUUUCUGGCCGUGGGAGGCUACAAGGGUGAUGAUUACACUAAUGCAGAGGCCUUCAUCUUGACCUUCUCCCUCAACAACUACCCGCGGACUAACAUCAAGUUUAACGUGGCCUUGCAGUGGGAGAAAGAGUAUCUGAAAAUUGUCCAAGCCUACCAAAGAGACCCAACGGCCAACUUCACAUUUGCAUACAUGGCAGAGAGGUCUCUGGAGGACGAGAUUAAUCGCACAACAGCAGAGGACAUUCCCAUCUUCAUGAUCAGCUAUGCUGUAAUCUUUGUUUACAUCGCUGUUGCAUUGGGGGAGUACUCAUCAUGGAGGCGCAUACUGGUGGACUCAAAGUUCCUCGUGGGUCUGGGUGGGAUCUUAGUGGUCGCAUGCUCGGUGUUGGCUUCCAUGGGCUUCUACUCCUGGAUCGGUAUUCCUUCCUCGCUGGUCAUCCUGCAGGUCGUGCCUUUCCUGGUGCUCGCCGUCGGAGCCGACAACAUCUUCAUCUUUGUCCUGGAAUACCAGAGAGAUGUCCGGCGGCCCGAAGAGAAAAGAGAGCAGCAGAUUGGCCGUGUGCUUGGGAACGUGGCUCCCAGUAUGCUCCUGUGCAGUCUCUCUGAGUCGGUCUGCUUCUUUCUAGGGGCCUUGUCCACCAUGCCUGCAGUGAAGUCCUUCGCUUUGUACGCCGCUCUGGCCGUGCUCAUGGACUUCGUCCUCCAGAUGACGGCCUUCGUGGCGCUCCUGUCGCUGGACGCCCGGCGCCAGGACGACAACCGCUGCGAGCUGUUCUGCUGCGUCACCGUGGCGACCAAGAGACCCAACAAGCCCAACGAGGGCUUCCUGCUCCCGCUCAUGAGGAAAUAUUACGCCCCCGUGCUGCUCAACCGUUACGUUCGAUUCCUGGUGAUGUUGGCGUUCCUCUUCAUGUUCAGCGCUUCGCUCUACCUCAUGUUCAACGUGACCGUGGGUCUGGACCAGGAGCUGGCCAUGCCCCAGGGCUCUUACAUGCUGGAUUAUUUCAAGUACCUGUACAAAUAUUUGGAAGUGGGAGUCCCCGUUUAUUUUGUGACAAAACGAGGCUUCAGUUUCAACACCACGGAGGGCAUGAACGCCGUGUGUUCCAGUGUGGGCUGCGACCCCUUUUCCAUGACCCAGAAGAUUCAAUACGCCACCAAUCACCCUGAACUAUCAUAUUUGGGCAUUUCUGCAAACUCCUGGGUGGAUGAUUUCAUCGACUGGCUGAACCCUGCAUCCAGAUGUUGUCGACUUUACACCAUUGGUCCGAAUGCUGGGAAGUUCUGUCCUGCAGAUAAAUCCGCUUUCCUCUGUGGACGCAAGUGUUUGCUUCCCCCCCAAAACGGGGUCCUCAGGCCCACAACGGAACAGUUCAACCGCUUUUUGCCUAGCUUCCUGGGGAACAGGCCUGACCUGCAGUGUCCCAAAGGAGGACUGGGAGCCUACGACACGGCUGUGGUGAGAGACGAAUAUGGAGAAAUUAUCGCCUCCCGUUUCAUGGCUUACCACACGCCUCUGGCCAACUCUCAAGAGUUCACUGCAGCUUUACUGAGUGCCAGAAAGCUGGCCUACAACAUCACUGACAGCAUGAGGAAAGUACCUGGAACCUCACCGGACUUUGAAGUCUUCCCUUACACGGUGACCAACGUGUUCUAUGAGCAAUACCUGACUAUCGUACCCGAGGGCCUCUUCAACAUCUCCCUGUGUCUGCUGCCAACCUUCGUGGUUUGCUGUCUCCUGCUGGGUUUGGACUUGCGCUCCGGUCUGCUCAACCUCAUCACCAUCAUCAUGAUCACCGUGGACACCGUCGGGGUGAUGACACUCUGGGACAUCCACUACAACGCCGUCGCCCUGAUCAACCUGGUCACGGCGGUGGGCAUCUCUGUGGAGUUUGUGUCCCACAUGACCAGAUCUUUCGCACUCAGCACCAAGCCCACCCGUGUGGAGCGAGCAAAAGAGGCGACGGCCAACAUGGGAAGCGCAGUGUUUGCUGGUGUUGCCAUGACCAACCUGCCCGGCAUCCUGGUGUUAGCCUUUGCCAAAGCCCAACUUAUCCAGAUCUUCUUUUUCCGCCUCAACCUGGUCAUCACACUCCUGGGGAUGGCUCAUGGACUCGUCUUCCUCCCUGUAGUGUUAAGCUACUUUGGGCCCGACGUGAACAAAGCGGUGCUGUUGCAAAUCCAGCAGGAGAAAUGGAAGGCCCGCCAGGAGCUGGAGAUGAAAAACAACAUGAGACAGUUCUAUCACAACUUGAGCUACCAGGACGACGAGGCCAAGGACCAGGUGCACUCCCAGCGCCAGACGCACAUUCAGGAACAAGAGGAGGACAGGGUUGACCACUUCUGAGCGGGACAAUUGUUGUGACAAGUUUCUUAUACCUCACCAACAAACUGACGUAGAGAUGGACAAACCAUAGAGCGGGGACAUCUUAGUCUCCAAUUGGAAAUGAUUUACCUGAACAUGUACCUCAAUCAUGGACUGAACACAACACAGUGCAGUGUUCUCCUCCCACUAGUGGACACCAGCACUGUGGAAUAAGGACAGCACAUGGACACGUUAUUGGAAUUUCCUACUUAAAAAAAAAAUAAUAAUGUAAUUGUUUUGCGUAUGCAUUACAUUAGCACUGUCUUACAUGAAAUAACACACUCCAGCAUUUACGCAAAAACCCAAGUUGGACUUUGAACUUUUCGUGUUGCAGGAUCUUCGUGAUAUUCUCACACUCGUUCUGCUCUGUGAGGCAGAAAUGUCCAUUUUUUUUUGCACCAUACUUGUAGAAGUUGCACACCGGCUUUAUGGACGAUUGGAUAGAGGCUGUAUUUAUGUUGUCAAGUUGAAGGGAAGAAAACUAUUUCUCCUACGCGUGUUUGUUUUAUCUCUAAUAAAGCUCACCAAGUCGAUGCCGAUUUUCCAAGAAUUGCACAUUGCCUUGUCGCAAAAUGCUCGUCCUCUAAUUAGACUUAGACUGAGAUGAACUUUAUUGAGCCACAAGGGAAAUUGUUCCACACAGUAACUCAGUUACAAAGGACGGAAAAGAUAAUGCAGGUAUAAAGUAGACUAAAAAUGUACCAUAGUAGCAAUAUAAAAUAUAACACACCAUAUUUCCUUGAAUUACCGCAGGGCAUAUAGUAUGCACCUGCCUUGAAUUACUGCCGGGUCAAACCAGCUUCGCAAAAUACUUAGCGCAGGCUUAGUAUUACCGCCUGGUCAAACUCGUGACGUCACGAGUGACACUUCCCCUGUCAUCAUUUUCAAAACGGAGGAGGCUGAUUUCAAUACUGGUAAUUUGAAAUCGCAUAAAGGGAAGAAG